UUCAUUUUUGUGAUUUUCGCCAUCGCACCGUCAGCUCGAUUGAUUAUUAAAAAAAAGCUAAGUUUAUACUACACAAAUAUAUCCACAAAUAUAUCCAAAUCACUUCAUAGUUUUUGUUGUUAUUCGAUUAAAAAUCAGUUGUAUUCUUUUAUAUACUGCGCUGCCAGCAAGUUUUUCUUUCCAUUUCUUCAAGAAAUCCACGUAAAUUACUAUGUCUACAAAAAGUGCCUUUAGGUUAAAUCGCAGGAAAAGACGUCUACCAUUAAAUUUGGCUCGCCAAUACGAAAGAGAAAGGCGCAUACAAAACGGUGGUAUAGGUGUAAACAGAAAAAGCAACCGUAGGAAAGUAAAUAGAAGAUCCAAAGAUUUUGAAGUAUCCGAAUUGGACGCUCUAAUCUACGCCAGUGAAAUGCAAUUGAAGGAAAUAUUAGAGAAUGAGGAACUACUUUCCGACAUACCUGUAGGAUAUACACCGGAAGAACUUGAGGGUGAGAUAUCAUUGGCUCAAGGUGGUGGUACCACAAUUUAUGUUGAAAGGGAUGGACUUUCCACCUUAACAGUUGUGUUGCCCCAAGAUCAGCCGACAAUUGCUCAGCUGAAGAGAGCCAUAGCUGUGGUUUCACGUGCCCAACUGAGAAGAGAAUUAAGAGAACGACAAGAAGAGCGUAUGCGAAGGCGUCAAAAUGUGCUCCAACAAAGCCCCACCAUUGUGGAAGGCCUAGAGGCAAUGAGCAACACAAAAACUGAAGAGAAGAGUAGUAGCAGCAAGCAGAACUUCUCAAACAAAGCACCAUGUAUGUCAAGCAAUAUGGAGCCGAUCAAGACUGUCCAUUUAACUGGCGAGUUAGUUUGUUCCGCAACGCACAACGGUCAUCAACAUCGCCCCAGCGUUAGUUGGCGGUACCUUUGGCGAGCGUAUGCUUUAUUUAACACCGCGACAAAGUCCAUGGUAGACGAUGAAAACGGUCGCAAAUUGUUAAGCGAAUGCGGCAUCGAGAACGCUCAGACACUACGAUUUACAAAGCGCGAAAAAUAUCAAGGAAAGAAACGUCAAUAAUCGGAAU